AUGUCGAGCCCAUCGACUCCACGGUCGAUCGCGUCGCGGCAAAGCCACAGCGAGGGAGAAGCGGGCUCGCCGGGCGUGUUGACUCCCGGAAGGAAGAUCAAAGCACUUCUUGCGGAAUUCGAUACCGAUUCGGAGUCUGAAGGUGAAAUUAUCGCGGCUAAAACGCGAGGUGAUUCGGGCCUGUUUACCCGAGCGAACGUACAGAAGCGGACUACGGUCAAUGCCGUCGAUAACGAUGGCGACGAUGACAACGACGAUGUUCCAGUUGCUCCACGCGGACGACUUGCAGCGAGGCUACACGCUGCUUCCGAGCCGCGGGAGAACCAGGUUGGGAACUUUUUUAGGGAGCUGCUCGGCGAUGAUGUUAUCGAUCAAGGGGAUGUAUCAGAAGAUUCGCAAUCAUCGUCAGGAGACGUUCGCCUUGCAGUGCGGAACCGGACGUUAAGAUCGAACCCCAGCACUCUUCGAGAUGACAUGUCACACCGAGCCUCCUCUCCCUUAUUCAUUCCUCAGGAUUCACCGAUUAGGCCUACAAGUACGACCACCCAUGACGCCUCUGAUGCGGAAAGCGAGGUUCUGGCACCCGAGAAACGCUCCCGGUUACAGGCCCUUGUCGAACAGAAGCGCAAGGAAAGAGAGGAAAAGGAACGGCUGGAAACUGAGAAAAGGGCUGAACGGAUGCAAAGACUCGCGGAGGCUAGAAUGCAAUUGACAUCCGACGCCGAAAAUGCCGAUGGGGACGAACAAGAAGAUGCUGAGGCUGCUCGUAAACUUUCGCAGUAUUCUCGCCCUGCGCGAAAAGCGAGUAAGAAAGCCCUGCUCGAGAUGAAUCGUGAAACACAGCGGAUGAGCCGUAACAUGCAGCUCGCUCACCAAGCGACAACGAAGAGAAAGUUUACUCUGAGUGGUUUUAUUGAGCGAUUCAAUCAAAAGUGCAAUGUUGACCAUAGCAUCGUUUGCCGUGAUGCGGCCACGGACACGCACAGUUCGGCGAUUGCAAGCUCAGUACAUCAUUCUGAUGAUGACAACGUCGAGCAGGAUAGAGAGUCGACUCCGCCGACCUCCCCGUUGCCUUACGCAUCAGAAAACGAUAAAGAACCAACCACCGAAGGGGGUACGUUUUUGAACCAACUUGAAAAGGAAAUGGUUGCUGAACUCGCAGAAAUCAACGAGGAGCUCGGCAACAUUCCCUCCAAAGAGCCAGCGACGAAGCAGAAAGACACCAUUUCGAAACGAGGGAGUGCUGCUCCAGCUGCCCGUCCAAUACGUGUUCAACUGUCAAGACAAACCGUGGCUGAAAGUCAGAAAAACGACUCCGAUUCGGACUUGGAAAUCGUUACAUCGCCAGCAAAGGCGCGCAAACUGGCCCUCUUUGAGAACUUCUCUGCAAAAUCAUCUGCAUCGGCUGAUACUCUCCGGAAACUGAAGCUGUUGGCGCGGAUUACCUCGCCCAAGAAGAAUCGAACCUUGACUCGCGCGGAGCAUGAGCAAUGGUUGUUCCAGCAGGCGAGAAAACAAGCUGCACAGGAACGAGAAGAGAAGAUUGCAGCGCUCCGGGCAAGGGGUGUGAUCCUUCAGACAGCAGAGGAAAAGGCCCAUAUAGAGGAUGACGUUGAAAAUCUGAUGGAACGCGCGCUCGAGGAGGCUGAAGAGCUUGCGCGGAAGGAGAAGGCUGCGAAGAAGAAAGCCGGCGAACGUGCUGCGGAACUUGAUGAUAGUGAGGAUGCGGAAUAUGACGAAGGCGAGGAAGACGAGCAAGAAAUGGAGGAUGGCGAUGAUGAGGAAGACGAAGUCUCAGAGGAGGGCGAGUCUGAUGAUGGGAAUGCUAUCGGAAAUGAGGAGUUGAUAAUGGGCGAAGCAGCUGACGAGUCUGACGAAGACGCCUCCGAAGAGGAAUCGCCAAACAACGACCGGCCGACUGGAGUAUCACAGCGGCAGAGAAGGCCAAAAUUCAUUGUUUCUGAUGAUGAAGACGACGAGAAGCCAGCUGCCGUCGCCCAAACUCCGGUUAAACCGUUCAUUCCAGGCCUGGGACCCCAGACAAUUCCGCUCAUGGGACUGUCUCAAGCCUUUGCCGCCACUCUCGCUGAGGACCAUGAUGAUUCCAAUGAGCAAGACUCACUUGCGGCGCUCCGCCAGAUGCCCGAGUUUGAUGUUCAGGUCGGAGACCUGCUCGAGCCGGAUUCCCAGCACAUUGUCCGUGACAGUCAAGCAGUGGAUGCUGGGACACUCGAUCUGCUCGCAGACUUCACCCAGCACGAUGCACGCAUUCUUGAAUCGCCAGCGGCCAAGACAAUGAGCGAUUACUCGCAGAUUCCAGAGCCUAGCCAGGAUGUCGGGUUUGUGAUGUCCCCGUUUGACCACGGGAAACGCUUCUUGACGCAGCCCAAUUCGACCCUAGACACGGUGCUUCUCCGUAAAGAUGCAUCACCCAUUGCAAGGCGGGAAGGAAGGCGUCUAAAGCGGGGAGUUGUGCACGCGCAAUCCGAUACCGAAGACGGCUUUCUAGUUAAGCCCAGUGCCUUUGACGUUAUGCGCAAAGCAGCUAAGAAGCCAGUCACACCGUUUGAUAAGAAGAACAGCAAGGCAAAACAGGUGGUCGAUGAAGCUGCAGAAGAGUCCGAAGACGAAUAUGCCGGAUUGGGAGGCGCAAGUGAUGACGAUUCAGGCGAGGACGAUGAGUUGGAUUUGACAAUGAUCAAUGAUAACAGUGCAGAAGUCGUUGAUGAGCAGGAGUUGGCUGCUCUGAAUGCCGACCACGCAAGACAGAAAGAUGAAGGAGAAGUGAACAAGCUUCUUCGCGAUAUCACCACUGGCGCUCUUCGCCGAAAACGCGGCAUGGGCGAUGAUUUCGACCUCUCCGACUCGGACGACGAACGCAUCGCAGCUCGCCGUCGGGCGAAACAGCGAGAAUUUGCCAAAAUGCGCAAAGCGUUGUUGGCCGAUGAGAACAUUACCAAACUCGCAGACGAUCCCAAGAAGCAAGCCUUCUUCAAAACGAUUGAGGAUAGGGACGUGGAUGAUGGGCUGGAUUUCUUGCGUGAUGAGUACGGCGAAUCGAAUUCUGAUACAGGCGCAUUGCUCGGCGCACAACCUGAAAGCAGCCAAAGUGCCAGCGACGAGCCUGGCAGAGAUGGACGAAAACGACCGUUGAACACCGCCGGGCUUGAUGUGCUCAAUCGGCCCCCAGCCAAACUCCGCCGUACAGCCGGGGACGGCAAGAAGAAGCCCUCGACGCUGGCGGAAAUCCGUGCUCAGCUCUCCUCCCUUAUCGGAGAACCGGACGCCCACGACGCAGAGGAAAUGGUGCCGGACAGCCAGCCCGACAUGCCCAACGACGAGGACGCUCCUACGGGCCGCGAGGAAUCGCCCGGCCGCCAGGAACCCGCGCAAUCUACGAAUCCCCGCCGGCGUGGCAAGGUAGUCGACCGCCUGUCUCUCCGCCGGGCUGCGUCCUCCAAUGCGGCCAUGUCAGCCAUUGCUGGCGGUGCAGGGUCCGGAUCCUCAUCGUCUAAAUUCGCCUUCCAUACCUCGACCACUGCACCCGAAUUCAAAAGCCCACCACCUCUGCUUCUUCGACGGACCACCACGAAUUCCUCCCGCUCUUCCUCCUCCACUUCCUCGUCCUCGAGUGGCGUCAGCACGCCAGCCGCCAUUGCUGUGGUGAAAUCUGAUAGUACCAGUGCUGGCGGAGCCAAUCUGGGGAAGAAGGGGGCGGUUAAUUAUUACGCGGCCGCAAGAGAAAAGGAGAGAGAGCUGCAAUUAAAGCGGAAUUUGAUUAGAGAAAAUGCUGCGAGUAGAAAGGCCCUGGAGGAGCAUAGGGCGAGUAGAGAAAAGGGCUUGACGGGGCUGCUGGGUGGUGGAAACUGGGAGUAG